UUGCCGUUUGUUGUGCCUAAGGUCAUUCUGCUGAGAGGGGAGCAAGUCGGCCAGAAGCAAUGGUGAAGAGCGCUGUGAAAGUGUUUGUUCGGUUUCGUCCGAGCGGAAUUCCGCCAGAUGGUGUCGAGGUGCUUCCCGACGGGAAGUCUGUGAUCGUUGAGGUAAGGAAGAAGGAAUCGUCAGGUGUCGUCAACAACAAUCGCGAACGGCUUUCUUUCAAAUUUGACGGGAUCAUCCAAAACACCAGCCAAGAGGCAGUGUUUACAGAAUGUGCAGAGGACGUAGUCUCCCGAGUGCUCAAUGGCUACAAUGGCACGAUUUUUGCCUAUGGCCAGACGGGGUCGGGUAAGACAUAUACAAUGGUGGGUGAAAAUAUGAUCUUCCAUCUGCGAGGCAUCAUCCCCCGCUCCCUCCACUACGUAUUCCGAGAGAUAGAUUUGAGAACUGAUCGAGAGGUUAUUGUGAGAGUGUCGUAUUUGGAGAUCUAUGGGGAGGUGCUUUGUGACCUGCUGUCGGACGACCCGGCAUCGGGAGAGAACCUGGCGAUAGUGGAACAAGCAGGCGUGACAAAGGUGAAAGGGCUGACGAAAAGAAUAGCAAGGAGCGAGGAAGAGGCACUGACCUAUUUCUUCGAGGGCGAGGCGAAUCGAUCUGUUGGACCACACAUACUAAACGAAACGUCAAGCCGAUCGCACUGCAUCUUCACCAUUCACUUGGAGUGCAAACUGAAUGAUCAUCCCAGCGAAAAGGUAACGGUGUCGAAGUUGAACUUGGUGGACUUGGCGGGAUCGGAGAGGGUGAAGAAGACGAUGACGUCUGGCGACAUGCUGAAAGAGGCGAUGACAAUCAACAAGUCCCUGACUUUCCUGGAGCAGGCUGUGAAUGCACUGUCCAAAGGGCACAGCCACGUGUCGUUCCGGCAGACGAAGCUGACCGCAGUGUUGAAGGAUGCCCUGGGCGGCAACUGCCGAACAGUGAUGAUCGCGUGUGCAUGGACGGAGACUCCCUAUCUGGAGGAGACGAUGACCACUCUCAAGUUUGCACAAAGAGUCAGGGCCUUAACGACGUACGCUGUGGUCAACGAGAAGUCGGACCCUGCGACGAUGAUCAGGCGCUACGAGAGGCAGAUUGCGGAUCUCAAACAGGAGCUAGCGAUGCGAGACACAUUGACCGGCCGAGGUCGCAUCCCCUAUGAUGAUCCAACGGAUGUGGAGCGGCAUGAGUUGGGGAACAAGAUCCGUGCGUAUCUGAAUGGCGAGGCGAACGUGGACAUCGUUCCAAUUGAGACUCUGAAGCAGAUCAAGGAGUGUUUUCGGCAAUUCCGUGAAGCACACGUGUUGCUCUUGGCAGACUUGAAGAAGGAGGUGGCAGAGAGGAGGGCGUCCGUGACAGAAACCGAAGGAUUGAGUGGAUCGCCAACAGAGGGGGGGCAAGCGGCCGGUGAGGAGAGCGGCGGGGAAAGUCUCGUGGGGGAGGUGGACCCGGAUCCCAAGCUAGGAAUCGAUGUAGGACAAGCCCCUGCCAAUGCCAGGCCUUCGCAACCGGAUGGAUCGGCCGACCCCCUUCAUCCCUCCUCUGGCGACGACAACCAGACAUCCGCUGCAGAGAACAAGGACGACCGGGACUCGGCGGCAUGGGAAACUGAAACCGCCCGAAAAAAUGUGUUUCUUACACAGUACAAGAAACAUGUACCCGAUGGCAAGACACUCGACGAGACCCUGAAGAACUGCUUGGUGAAGCUGAGGGAGAAGCGCCAUGCUAUCAAGGAAAUCAUAAACUCUGUCAAUCAGUCGAAGCGGAGCAUAGAUGAGCUAAGGGAGAGCCUCGAUGCCAAGAGGGAGGAGAGGCUCAACAACCGCACACCACGGACCGUGGAGGCAGAGAUGAUCGAUGAAGAGGAGUUUGAGAUGGCCAAGAAACUGAAGGCGCUGAAAGUGUCCUAUCGACAGGGAUUCAAUGUAAUCAAGACGCUACGCGCCGAGCUGCAGACCCUUGCAGAAGAAGCCGCUGAGUGCCGAAAUAACCUCGUUGUGGGGUUCAACACAUGGUAUGAGGCUCAGCGGUCGGCAGUAAAAAGCGAGCAGCCUGGGCAAGAAGACGCUUCUUCACCUGAAGACAACAUCCAUGGGGACCCGAGUUCAAAUCUCCUGCCAGAACAGCUUGUGCUCCAAAGGAUGAAUCAUGACGAUCCAGAGAUGGCAGUUUUCGAAGCCGCGAAGAAGCUGAUGAGCAGGAAUAUGCGACGGGGCGGUCUAUCAUCAUCCUAUCAGAACGAGAAGAUGCGGUUUGGGGCACGGACAAGAUACCACUGACUCCCUUGUGUCCCCUCAUCUUCUGAUUGUAAUCAUCGACAUCAUCAUCCCAUCAGAGCGAGAAGAUGCGGUUUGGGGCGUGGACAAGAUACUACUGACUCCCCUGUGUCCCCUCGUCUUCUGAUUGUAAUGAUCGACACAAGUUCCGUUUCCAUCGCCUGUUCUUCCUUUUUCUUUUCUGCCAAAAUUGUUGGACCAUUUCUCAAUUUAUGCGUGUCAUCCUUGCACAAGGGCCCUGCUAGUCUUCUCUCCCGGUUUCGUUCAAAUUUUAACGGACUUCCCGAAGGACUUAUUUUGGCUUUUAUGACUUUUUAAUGAAUUUGGUCUACUUCU